CCCUCUUCUGCAGAGCACUUGACAUCGAUAAUGGUUUGCGUGAAGCGCGCCGAAGACGACACGCAGACGUAUUUUCGAAGAACUUUGUAACUCGUAGCCUUCUGGUCACGUUUGCGAAAUCGAACAGUUUGAAUACUAUUUUAGUGGUCAUUUGUUAUUUGUCGGACAGAUGUCACAAGCGAUUGUCGAUGUGAUUUCUGUAUACUACGCUGAUCAGUAACGUUAGUUGUUCAGCUAGCAACCAAACUAUCUCAGCAGGAUUAUUUAUGCAACACUGUGACGGAGAAAUUAUUAGCUGGCUAUGCUAGCUAGUUAGCCAAGGCUGUAGUUGCAAGUUGGCAAUUCCGGAGGGGAGAAGAAGCAAACACUAUCCAUCGUAUUGCUGAAAAGUAAGAUUAUAUACGAUUCAACCGAAGAACUGAAGCUAGCUAAGUUUUUCUCCCCGGCCGGGGGUUGCUCCCACCAAGCCGGGUGAAUUGCGAAGACACUGGCUGGUGCCAAAAGAUCCCCGUGUCCUCGUUGAUGAGGCGACAAUGCUCGAAAUUAUGUCUGACCAUCAAGAUUCAUUACUGAAGUGCAAAUCGGAGCCUCUGCCCCCAGAGAGGAGGAAGCGGACGGUAGAGGACUUCAACAAGUUCUGCAGUUUUGUGCUUGCUUAUGCAGGCUACAUCCCCUCCCCGAAAGAGGAGAGCUCGUGGUCGCCGACCUCCUCCAGUUCCCCACACAGCUCAGGGGCAUCGGGAGAAGGCGGGAGCACAGCGCUGGGGAGCAGUUGGCGGGAGGGCUCUUCAGAUCUGCACACCAUCCACACGUUUGUGAGGAAGGCCCGCUCCAACAAGGGCUCCAGCAAGAGCAUGCGCCGAUUGCCGUCCGACAGCACCUUGCUGGACAAAAUGCGCCUGAAGGACUCGCUAUACGAGAGCCACGUCUCGGCGGGCAAGUCGGCCGAGCGCAAGAAGGACAAGAAGCUGAAGCGCGUGUCCGGCGGCGGAGGGCCCGAGAGCAGCAGCAGCGGCGGCGAGAAGCGCGCCCGCAUCAAGCGCAGCCGCAACCCAAAGCAGUCCAAAGCACUGAAGAAGAUCAAGAGCCCGCCGCAGAGCGAGACCGACUCGGAGCACGGGCUGGGCGAGGGGCGCGCGCGGCGGCCAGAGCUGGGCGAACGAGGAAGCCCGCCGUCCUCGGUGUCCGGAGGGCUGGCCAAGUCCGAGAGGGACGCAGAGAUGAGCUCGAGUGAGGGCGAGACGUGGAUUGCCGAUGAGGAUAUCAUGGUAGAGUCUGGUGAUGACUCCUGGGACUUAAUUACCUGCUAUUGCGGAAAGCCUUUUGCCGGGCGGCCCAUGAUUGAGUGCAACCAGUGCGGAGUGUGGGUACACCUCUCGUGUGCUAAGAUCAAGAAGUCCAAUGUACCAGACAUCUUUUACUGCCACAAGUGCAGGGACUGUCGACGGUCUGGACAUAAGAAAGACCCUUAAAUAUUUAAGUGCUGAGAAUGUCUUGAAUAUGGAAGUUUCAUUGCAUCUAAAUCCUUGUUAGAAGGAGAAUGUUUCUGUUUUUUGUUUUUUUGUUUUUGUUUUGUUUUUUUGUUUUGAAUGAAUUCAACUGGUUGGUAACCCUAAACUGGUCCCUGGCUGACAACUUGAAAACAACAAAAAAUCACUUUAGGUUAAGAUCCAGAUAAGACAAUCACUGUCCUGCCUAAGCUAAUGAAGUUCACUUGUUUUUUUGUUUUGUUUUUGUUUUUGGUUUCGUACAAAAUUAGGAAUUCAGUGCACAGAAUUGUUCUCUUGGACUUAGUUACAAAGUUACAAACUACAAUUUGCAGCUUGUGUUAAAUCUCUUUCUCAUGGCUCCACAGCACAACUGAUUUUGUUAUGCACUAAUAUCAGACCCUGGUCCUAAAAGUACCUUUUUAGAUGUCAUUAUAUGGCUAGGAUUCACCACAAGUCUGUCUGGAUAAAAUGCCAAUUCAGGUUUCUGAUGAUGCCUUCAUUCAUUUGUCAGUCAAUUCACAUGUCUGUCUUAAUAUGGUGAAGUGGACAAGGGUUGCUACAGAUGCUACGGUGUCAGUGGUAAAUUGCAGGUGCAUAUAAGGGAAGUUGUAUAUUGUUAUGUGGAUAGUGUUCAUUAAAUGUCAACAUUCUUUCUGAGGUGCACACAAAUCCUCAAAUCUGCUACCAUAAUCAAACCAUCUGUUUGCAUUUGUAAGUUCCCUUACCUAAAAGGGAAAGAGAACCAGUGAUUUUCCAGAAGUGUAUUUAAUCAGUACUAAACUCUUCAGCAUGUUUUGGUGUUUUUUUUUGUUUUUGUUUGUUUGUUUGAUUUUUUUUUCUUGCAGCUGCUAACACGGAAUACUGGCUACCAACCAUUUUGAUGCAUUCUAUUAACUUUUCUGUUUUGCUUUUGAACUGUUAUAACUGUCUUGUAUACUGGUCUUCAGAUGGCACUUACCAACUUGUAAAGCCUGUGGGACUUCUCAAAAAGAGGAGCCUUCGGCUGGAUAUCUUCAUUCUGUAUGGGCAAGGCAGUCUGAAUGGCUGGCUGCAAUUUAUGACCGCACUGGUUGUGAGUUCUCACCUGGAGUUCAACCAGGCAAGCUGUUUAAAUUGGUCCCUUUUUUGUUUUGUUUUAGGUUAAGACUCUGCAAGGGUUGUGGGAUAUUCAGUGUUGUGUAAUGGAGGACUAGGCCCUAUAUUGACGCCCUGUGGUCGUCGUUAGGCCGCCAUUAAAUCUCUGCAUGGUUGGUUGUAA